AUGUCUAUGACACUAGCGGAAAGAACUGCGCACAAGAGGAAUUUGGUCAGGAUAAGACUUGCGCGUUUUGGUCGUAAGAACCAACCUGUGUUCAAUAUUGUUGUAAUGAAAGCCAAAAAAGCACAGCAAAAAUUACCUCUCGAAGUGAUAGGUACAUAUAAUGCGGUACCCCUUCCGCAACCAUUGCAUGACAAAUCUCCACCUGUGAAAGAUAUCAGCUUAGAUUUCCAUAGGGCUAAGUAUUGGUUGGGUCAGGGAGCUGAGCCAACUGAGAAAGUGGCUUGGUUAUUCAAAAAAGCGGGAAUCUUGCCAAGUUUCUGGCCUGCGACUGCUAAAUUGACACAACAGGUUCCAUCACCGGUUGUUGAGGACGUUAAAGAGGUACAAGAAACACCAGUUGAACCAGUGAGACCAAGAAAUGAUAAGAAAUAUAGGUAA